GGAGCACCUUCUUCGACUCAGAAAAGAAAAAACGUUCACUGUUGAGAAAGACCUGUUAAAAGUCGAGAACACGGGGUAAUUUUCUUAUAAGCACUAUUUUGUGUCGCCAGCAAACAUCAAUUAUCAGAUUACAAAAAGAGAGGAAAUUAAAGUCAUCAACGAGUUAGGAACUUACUGUGACAUGCGCUUCUCAAUCGUUAUUUAUUUCAUGUUGAAGGAAGAAGUGAAGUAAAAAGCGCCUUGACGGAGCAGCCAGGUGUUUUUUUGCAGAUCUUUCUGGUUCUUCAAAGUCUCACACGCGAGGAGUGUUAGCUUGUGUUUUAAUAAGCAAACAUUGUAGAAAUGGUCCCAAACAGCUCUUUCAUAUUACAGCAAAUGCAACGUGAAUUAGCAUCACGAGGAACAGCAAAAGUCGUGGCGGAAAGUGGCACAUUUUUUCUUUUCAUGGUCAUAGUCCUGUUUGGGAAUUCUCUGACUUUGUACAUCGUGUUAUCAAACCGUCGCUUACGGACUGUGCCAAAUCUCUUUGUGGUUUCCCUGGCGUUAUCUGACCUUGGCAUGGGGGUGCUAUCCAUGCCUAUGUGUAUCACUGUGCUUAGUGUAUCGGGCUGGCCGUUUGGGGAUUCUGCAUGUCAGUACAAUGGCUUCAUCGCUGUAACUAUGGGUGUUUCUUCUACACAGACCCUCGCUCUGACCUCAGUCAAUCGCUACUUCAAGGUAGUCAAACCCAGCCUGUAUCGCAAGUACUUCACCAUGCGUGCGACCAUCAUUUGUAUCCUUAGCUCGUGGUUUCUGGCAACUUUAGCUACAAUCCCGUACCUCGCGUCAGGCUCCCGAAUGAUCUUCCACCCCGGCAAGUAUGUCUGCUACUUGCACAUCAAUGCUGGGUGGUAUGUCGCUUUUGUCGCUACGAUCUACGUAGGGUUACCAAGCAGCGUGAUUAUGUUCUGUUACUUCCACGUAUUCAAAGCGGUCAAAGCGCACCAGAAACGGUUCCAAAACACCAACAAUAAUAGUAAUGUGAGCGUUGAAGAAAUCAAGAUCACCCGGACGCUGUUCGUGGUGGUUGUUUGCUUCAUGUUCUGCUGGUCCCCUAUCCUGAUUAUCGAUCUUGUGGAUACAUUUCGAGGCUUCUGGUCCAUGAACAGGGAGACAUAUACCAUGUGGAGCUUUCUCGCUAUUGUGAGCAGUGCAGUGAAUCCUAUUAUUUAUGGCUUUUUCAACCCGAGCUUCAGAAGGGAAUACCUAAAGAUACUGCUAUGUAAGAGAGGUCGAUCCGAGGAAGGAGUCGCUAGAAUUACCGUAAAGUCAGCUAAUUCUACAGCGCCAUCAAAUGCAACGACCGCUACGAGACUUCGCUGAGACAGCUGAGGAUGGGAUACCAGAAUAUCGGUGGAUAUAAUCGCGAAAAAAUCCAGAUGCAGCGAUUUUCACUCAACUUGACAGUUUGUGUUUUGAUGUAGCUAUGGGCGAGAUUCUACAACGUUAAAAGCAAAAAUUCAGACACGAAAUACAAGCCUAAAUGGGUUGAAACUUCCUUCAGACUACACCGUAGUCUAUUACAGACACAGUUAA